GAGGCCGAUCUUGACACCGCUGGUACCAGUCAUCGGCAAGUCAACUCAGCUCCGCAUCCUCCCGUACCGCAUCAGUCCAUCUCUUCCCCAGCCCGUGUGAAUACAACAGCCAUAGACAUACAUACACACAGACGAAAAGACAAAACAAUCCACACAUCACUCACACACACACGCGCACGCACGCGCGCACACAGCGCUCCCCCUUCCCUAAACCAGAUGUGGUUUGAGAAGAAGAAGAAAAAAAACUCGUGCGGAAUUAUUAAAGCGCCGUGACGACACGGGCCUCGCUCGGGGAGGCAUUGCCGUGAGCUGGCGUGGUCCGAGUUCGCGCCCGGGUACACGAUACGUCGAGAGAGAGAGCCACGUGGGGAAAGGGAGCGACGCGGAGACGAGAGAGCAACGUACAGAGAGGGAGAGAAGAGCGACGCGGAGAGAGUUACGUGGAGAGAGGAGCGACGCGGAGAGAGGGGAGCCGCGCGAAGAGAGUUACGUGGAGAGAGAGAGGAGCCACGUGGAGAGAGUUGCGCAGAGAGAGAGUCUUGUCGAGAGAGCCUCGUAGUGAGCCACGCGGAGAGAGGGGAGCCUGGAGAAAUCUCUGCGCGGAGAGAGAGGAGCCACGCGGAGAGAGUUACGCAGAGAGAGAGAAGGGAGCCACGUGGAGAGAGUUACGCAGAGAGAGAGUCUUGUCGAGAGAGCCUCGUAGUGAGCCACGCGGAGAGAGGGGAGUCACGCGGAGAGAGAAGCGAUCUACGGUGGAUGAAUACAAUUGAACCGCGUCGUGGUGGUUCAUGGUCGUUGUGGUGGUGGUGGCGACGGUUACCAUAAUAAGCCAUGUGGCCCUUGCCACUCUUCAAGCAGCACUUGGUAAAGCUCUACGCACACCUCUGCCGCAAGAUGGCAACUGCCCGCAGCAGGCGAGGCAGCGGAAGCAGCAGCGGCAGCAGCAGCGACAUUGGCGGUGGUGCCGCCAGCUGCAGCGGCAGCAGGAGAAGUCUCCUGCCUCCGGCAGUCGACGUCAGAGCCAAGGCCUUCCUGAGCCGGACAACACAGACCGACGCAGCCCUGGACCUGAACCUGUUCACCCCGCGUCGCCGAGUCAUCACCAAGGACGGCCGCAGCAACGUGCGCUUUGGGAACGUGCAGGGCCGACGCUCGCUCUACCUCAGCGACCUGUGGACGACUUUCGUCGACAUGCGCUGGCGCUACAAGCUCGUGCUCUUCAGCGCCGCGUUCACCGGCACGUGGUUUGUCUUCGGUCUGCUGUGGUACCUGCUCGCGCUUUGGCACGGCGACAUCGGCGUCGCCGCGUCACCUACUCCGAUGCCGCCAACGUCGGAGGCCCUGCCGUUAGCGUCGGAGCUUGGGGGGGACGCAGAAACGGAGACACCGCUGGUCCCCGGAGGAGCCUCGAACCACACACCGUGUGUGUCCAACGUGGCAACGCUCACGGGCGCGUUUCUCUUCUCGCUCGAGUCCCAGACGACCAUCGGCUACGGCUUCCGCUGCAUCACGGAGGAGUGCCCGGCCGCCACGGCGCUGCUCAUCGUGCAGCUCGUGCUCACCACCAUCCUCGAGGUGUUCGUGACCGGCGCUCUUCUUGCCAAGGUUGCACGUCCAAAGAGCCGUGCCGAGAACGUCCGCUUCAGUCGGCGCGCCGUUGUGUCGUGGUACGGCAGCGGCGGCAGCGCUGGCCAGGGCCGCCCAUGCCUGUCCGUGCGUGUGGCCGACAUACGGCGCCGCGGGCUCUUGCUCGCGUGCCGCGCUACCGGAAAACUGCUGCACUCGCGCGUCACGGCCGAGGGUGAACCCAUCGCCCUCGAGCAGGCCAGCGUCGACUUCCGGGCCGACGCUACCGGCGUCGACGAUAGCCCCUUCUUGGCACUGCCCAUCACGUUCCGGCACUUUCUGGACACUCCUCGGAGCCCCCUGAGCUGGCUGCUGGACGAGGGGACGCAGCGCGGCCCGCGUGAGCGGCCACUCGGGAGCGAGCGUGGGCUGGUGGGGCACGGCCACGGGCGAGGGCCGCUCGGGGACUUUGAGCUUGUGGUGUUGCUCAGCGCCACCGUGGAGGCGACGAGCGCCACCUGCCAGGUGAGAACCUCAUACCUGCCCGAGGAGGUGCUCUGGGGCUACGACUUCGCUCCCAUCAUCUCCCUCUCCCCCAGCGGGAAGUACACAGCCGACCUCUCCCGGUUUGACGAGGUGGUCCACGUGCCGAUGCCGUGCUGUGUAGGCGAGCGACACGCGGCGCCGCAGCCCUCGUCGUUGCCGUCACCGCCGUCGCAGCCCCUCCCACCGUUCCCUCCACCGUUCCCCCACGAAGGUGGCCUCAGAACCAACGGGGUGGCCUCGGGCCUCAGGGAGGGCGGCGCGGACUGUGAAGUAGUGCGCGUCAGCAACGUAUGAAAGUACUCCACCCCUGACCACGAGUGGCAACGUCGUUGAUUAUACCCCAGCUUCCUGCCCCACCAGAUUUCGUAACAGAGCAGCCACUGUCAGAGGGCAGUACAACUUUCAACAGUUGCGGUUAAUGGUUGCUCAAGUGUUUAUGACAAACUGACGUGGUGUGGCGUUAUCUUGAACAAUAAAAUGUGCCGAUUAUUUAAAGGUGAUGCUGUAAACACCAGGAACAAAAAUUAGCCGUAAACUGAAAAGGUCACGUGCUAAUAUAGAUGGGAACCAGUGCUGAACACUUUUGAGGAUGGUGCACACAAGUCAAACGCCAGUCUUAUGUCUAAUAACCAACCAGCCACCAGUGACACCCAUGCCGCUUACUCAAACCUAGCUCCGCCUCCAGUGCUUUGCCAGGCCCUAUUUAGAGUUUUUAUUCACGUUCCAGUUUUGGUGUCCGCAGUACGGAUUUGCCACCAGCACCACCCCUGGUGACGCAACUUACCACCAGCACCAUCCCUGGUGACACUAAUUGCUGUCGCGUACAUUUCCCGAUGUCGGCUCUCUUUUUACCGGUGCCUUUAAGGACAACAUCUUUUGGUUGUUGCUGCCGCCUGCCCCUGACCCCUGCUGACUUCUCGUGGAAGCUACGGGGCUGCCUGCCACUGCUGCCAGUUUGUUUGUAAUUGGGCAACCACCGUCUGCCACUGCUGCCGGUUUGUAUUCACGCCAAAACUCCUGCUGGCAGCAAUCUGCUAUGCGUUUGCCUCCCUGGUGCAGCUGCCGCCAAGUUUUGAUCCCGGCGUCGCAGUGACUGGAUGAGCUGGUGGAGGGGCGCAGUACAGAAAGUAGGUUUCAGAGCCAACGAGGUUGUAACUGUAGGUUGCAGUAGCAGCAGAUUAACGGCAUACUAGCACUUUAUACUUCGCCUAAUACGUGUGUACAUGCACGAAAAUACAACAUUGUCCAAACAUCCCAGACUAGCUUCUGACCAUUAGAGCCUUGAAGAAUCUGCGGUUUGGCUGGGGAAACGAUUUUUAUAUAUUCUCAAUAUCUCGACACAGAAUGUCAAGUCACGCAUGGGCUUGAUGCUUUCCUUGGUUGUACUGUAGAUCACAUACGGGUGUUAAUAUAAAUGAGAUGUACUUAAUUUAAGCAUGCAAAAACAUACUCUACAUGCCUACAUACAAAGCGCAUAUACGCUUGCAAGAGCUCAACACAAAUUUUUGCUGCUUCAUAGGAAAAUCUGAAAAUAAAAUAUUGUUAACGAGCAAACAAGGGGAUUGUUUGAAUGACUGAAAGGAUAUGAAGGAUGGCUCGGUAUUCACUACGUCCAGGUACCUCGCUGAGGCAGAACGCCUGAGGUAAAGUAAAUGCGUAAUUGCAGGAUGCUAAUUGCGGCCGUGUUUAUCUUUCGUGGGUAAACGCACAACAUUGCACAAGACAAAAUUGGGCAAAAGGCACCCAAUGUUACGCGUGUAUGAAAAGCACUGAAAGGAUGUGUUUCACGUUAUCUUUAAAUAAAUCCCAUUUUUUUUACUGAUAUAAAACCGCCCUAAUAUCGUAGCCCUGAUUAUGACUGGAAAACAAAAAUCUACGUUUAGUGGAUUCACGUUUUGGGCAACGAUCCAUUUUGGAGGAAAGUUGUAAAAUACACAAAUAGAAUGUGAUUCAACUGCAAUAAAAAAACGUGCGCCUGAAAAAAUAAAAUUUGGCUUAACGGGAUACCAAAUAUUCACGUUUCUGCCGAAUUUAUUAACUUGUUUAUUUAAUUCCCGCUUUGGACGACACAAACGCAUUGUCUUGAAAGUGGACAACUGCAGGAUGCAGUUUUAGUUUCGUCAUCACGAUCAUUGUCACCCCCCCUCCUCCAUCCCCACUGUGUUCUAAGCUGUAGAGGUUGUACAUGCCGUCUAAAGACUUUGUAAGGUUGUGGGAUUGUCGUGUUGAGUCUUUACGACCUCUCUGGGUUCAUGUGGAGUUUCCUGUUAUUGACAGUUACUUCACUUUCGGUUCCAAGAAGGGGAAAUGGUUAAAUUGUACAUGUAUAAAUAAAACCUUCCUCAUAAACUGCGUCCUCAAUGAGUACAACAAUAAUGAAAGACUUGAUAACAUGGCAAGUUCGUGGGAUACAUUUGUCAAAGGAAGUAGGCCUAAUGUAUAUACGUGUUUCUAUUAUAAGUUUGCCAAGCCAUUUUCCACUGGAAUAGGCAGAACUCAUUCAAGCAGACAAACGCAGUGGCCGUGUGUGAUACAUGUCCGCCAAACGUACAUACACGUUCACGUUCGGCACGAUCAUCUCAUAGAAGCAAAUAGGUGCAGUGUGGAAUUGAGAAGCAUUCGGCUGUUUCCCGUCCUCCCUCCUUGCCCCCCUCCCACUGGAAUAAACCCCUGUAGAUUAAGCAGUCCCCCUCCUUGACCUUCCGUUCCUCUGUUAUAGCUCACCUCAAUUGCCCAUUCUCCUCCCUUGCCCAUCCCUUCUUUCCGGUCCCACUCGCUCCCCUUCCCUCGCUCCUACACCACCCCCUCGACCGUGGUCACCCAUUCAUCAUGAGCUCGCCGGCGUCAGUGGUUGUUGGCAUCGGCGACUGUGGGAAGAGGCCUGACGACACUCUGGACCCAUCCGGUGGCAGAAUUGCCGCAAGGUGAUGGGGCACCGCUCUCAAGUCUCACUACAGCGAUCAGUGAGUGAGUGUUUGGAGGGUAAAGAGCAGGCGAGUGGAUGGGAUGGGUGGCAUUGGAUCUUAUUCUGGCAAUUCCUGUCUUCGUAGCCAAACUAGAAGCGCCUGUAAGCGAAGUAAUUCAUAACUUUCGUCACCGUGCAUGAAUAUACUGUAUGUAAUUCCAUGUUUUUUUGACAAGCCGGUACAAGCCCAUCCUACAUGGGGCGAUCAUUUUUAGUUUCUCGUGCAGCGAGACCCUUAUAUGAAUUCUGUCGGGGCUCAUCAACAUACACAGUGGUAUCCCUAGGGUCUUUAUCCACAAGUCAGGUUUAUAUCGGACUCCGUGCCGGCAGCUACCAACGCAGCGUCUAGACCGGUCUGGAGCUCGAUACCGGUCUAGAGCCACGUGUCUACAACAUCAGCCGGCGGAUGUCUGCAAACUGGCUCAAAAUCAAUCCGGAAAAACACAAAUGUAAUCCGGCUCGAUACGAGACUCUCAAAUCAAUCUGCCGCUCAACAGUAGUCCCAAAGUUGAGCUCGGUCAGUAUUCAACCAUCAGUGUUCACAGAACCUUUUCCCAGAUCCCGGCCUCACCCGACGCGCCUCCGCAGUCAGACGCCCGUGCUUUUUACCCCAACUGCAUCUGCUGCAACGGCAUCCGACGUUCAAAUUAACCUCCGACACGGCCAUCACGCCACGCCAGUCAAUGCGUGCAUCACCAGUCGCAGUGACAAUUGGGUUACUGAACUCAUCCGCACGCCUUCUAACACCCAGCGUUACGACCACAGGCUUCGUCCACCCGUGCGUGACCAACUGCACCAGAGCCAACUUGCCUGACCGCCUCUGUCACCGUUCCUCGAAUCUGGUGGAGAUGUUUGUAGCAGUGGUCAACAAAGAACACCAUCGAUAGCUUCGGUCCGCUGAGUGUGGAGAUGGAGUCGCGCCACCCAAUGUCAGAUAUCUCACGCGUCAAGCACUCCAUCAACAUGUCACGUCAAGAGAUUUAAGGCCGAGGGGCGGAGGACGUUUUCACUGCAGGAGUUCUGGAAAUUUCCUGCUGAUGCUGGUUGUAACUAUAUCAGCGGAACGUCGAACCCAAUUGUUACUUGUUGGCAAUUGCUCUUCAACAUACCUGUGUGCUGAAGCAAUGUUAAAAUUGAUUGCUUAUUUACGUGAUAACUUUAUGAAGUUGGCUGUGUCGAGGGGAGAAUGUACGACACACACUGAUUGCCAUUGUAGUCACGCAUUCUGUAUCACAAAUUAUGAAUCAUAACAUUGGUCGUGAAUCCCUACGCGUUAAUUGAAUGCUCUACUUUUGACACAUUACAGGUGUAAAUAAAAAAUACGUGCCAUUAUAUUUGCAUAAUGUAUGUUUAAUAAUCGACAACAUUAAAAUGUAUAUAUAACAUCCACACUGGGCUCCAUUUAUUUUAAAGGUUCUAUUGGAUUCAUCUGCUGGAUACAUUGAUGGAUCUGUUGACCCCCCCCCC